GGAGUGAGUGGGAGGGGAGGGGGCUGUGGGCAGCUGGAUGAGUUGGGGGUCCAGCGGCGGGGAGAUGUCCACCACUGCCGCUGACUGGCGGGACCCGCAGGAGGACUCCAAGCCCUACAGUCACAACGGUGCGGAGGAGUCGCUGGAGAGUCCGGCUGCAUCCUCGUCACAGACAGGGGGCAGCGACGUGGAGCAGGGUGAGCCAGAACGGCCAGCCGUGCAGGUGGACUGUGUGGUGUGUGGGGACCGGGCCAGUGGCAAGCACUACGGGCAGUUCACCUGCGAGGGAUGCAAGAGCUUCUUCAAGCGCAGCAUCCGCCGCAACCUCUCCUACAUCUGCCGCUCCGGCCGUGACUGCCACAUCGACCAGUUCCACCGUAACCAGUGCCAGUACUGCCGGCUGCGCAAGUGCUUCAAGGUCGGCAUGAAGCGAGAAGGUAGGCGCAGUGCCAAUGCCCAGCGUCGGGCACAGGGGGACCCUGGCAUCCAGGACACAGACAACGCCCCACUCCCCCGGCUGGCGGUCCAGCGAGGGAGGAUCCCGGCCCCUCAGCCCAGCCCGGGCGAUCUCUCCCUCUCUGCCCGGGACCACCUGAACGGGGGCAACAUCUCAGGACUCAUCUCGCUGCUGCUACGCGCGGAGCCCUACCCCAGCUCCCGCCUCAGCUCGCAGUGCAGCCAGUACAACCUGAUGACCAUCGACAGCAUCUGCGAGCUGGCGGCGCGGCUGCUCUUCUCGGCCGUGGAGUGGGCUCGCAACAUCCCCUUCUUCCCAGAGCUGCAGGUCUCCGACCAGGUGGCGCUGCUGCGGCUGAGCUGGAGUGAGCUGUUCGUGCUCAACGCGGCGCAGUCCUCUCUGCCCCUCCACAUGGCUCCGCUCCUGGCCGCUGCCGGCCUGCACUCCGCACACAUGUCCGCCGACAGGGUGGUCUCCUUCAUGGACCAAAUCCGCGCCUUCCAGGACCAGGUGGAGAAGCUGAAGCUGCUGCAGGUGGACUGCGCGGAGUACAGCUGUCUUAAAGCCAUCGCCCUCUACACGCCAGAUGCCUCCGGUCUCUCUGAACCCGCCCACGUCGAGAGCUUGCAAGAGAAGGUGCAGGAGUGUCUGGCUGAGUAUGUGCGAUGCCAGUACCCACCACAGCCCCAGCGCUUUGGCAAGCUGCUCCUGAGACUGCCCGCACUCCGGGCAGUGCCCGCCUCACUCAUUGGCCAACUCUUCUUCAUGAGGCUGGUGGGCAAGACCCCCAUCGAGACCCUGAUCAGAGACAUGCUUCUGUCCGGAGGGUCCUUCAACUGGCCCUACAUGCCGACUCAAUGAAAGGCCAGACUCCAUCCAUUCAAAGCCCUGGCUGGGCACUGCCACUAAUGCCAGCUGCCACCUAUGAUCUAAGGGACUGUUUGAACUGAAGCACUGGAUGGGUUGCAGUAUUUAAAUUAGUGCAGAUGUGUGUAUUUCCUGUGUUUAUCGGGCUGUAAUUUAGGAACAUCUGGUCAGAUUGAUUACCUGUUCACCUGGCCGAUGGGAAAUGGUGGUGCAGAGACUGGGAGAAGGUGCGCUGGUGGGGGGGGGGCACACCCAUUCCUCACCCACCCUCACCCCUGCUCUACUUUUGUCCCAGUUCCCCUCUCUUCCGCCUCAUUCCCCACUCCCUCUUCUGCCCCACUAUCGCCUGUCCCACUCCCAUAUCGACCGCUGCCCUCUCCCGCUCUUGUCCCUGUACCCUCCCCCCUCUCCCUGCCCCAGC